AUUCAAUUUAAAAAUUCAUUUCGAGUAUGAUCACCCAGCUGCCGAUUCUGAUUCUGCAAAUCCCCCUCGGACUCAGCUGGGUUUGACUCAGUCCCAGGAAGACAUCGCAGGACCCAGAGCAUAAGAAGCAGAAUUUUGAAUUCCUUAGGCAAAGGGACACGAAAAGCCAUUCUUCAAGUUGUAGACUUAGUUCAUACAGGGAUCCUGUUACCUAUGGCGGCCACGAAAACGUCCACCUACGACGAACAUUUCAGGCCGGAAAAAUUAAAAGAAUGGCCACAGCCAGAGUCAGUCGCUUUAAUGGAGGCAUUAGCUAGAGAAGACAUUGAUGAAGCUGUACACACAAUAUUAUUUAGAGAAAAUAAUGUCGUGAAGGUUGCAGUCCCACCAUUUCACGAUCCUCUGCCUAGAAGACAGAAAGAGACGGAUGAAGAGAGGAGAGCCGUUCUGCAAUACGAGACGGGAAAACAAUAUACCUUAAAAGAAUUGAAAGAAAUAGAGAAGGCCGGGGUGUAUGCCAAGUUGCCCCAGUUCACGUUCAGUAGACACAGGGCGGUUCCAAAGGAGCGGCAUAAAGCCUCUGCGACACCUGUGAGACACAAGCCUCGCAGUAAAUGCAGGUAAAGAUGAACUGACUGCCUGACUGAUCUUUCUACUGUCUCCAUAGUUGUGCCCUUCACAGAAUGUCACAUAGUUGGAAUCGCACAGUAUGUAGCCUUUCCCAGAUCUGACUUUAACUCCUGAGGGAUGUUUUCAGGGGAUGAAGAAUGCUAGGCUGACAGUUACUUCCUUUCAACGCGUAGCCCACUGUUGUUUACGCUUUCCUUUGAGAAGUCAGCUGCAGUCUUACUGUUGUUCCUUUGAAGAUAACUGUCUUUUUCUCUAGAUGCUUUUAAAGUUUUCUAAUUGUCUUUGAUUUUCUGCGGCUUUAACAUGUUUUUAGAUGUGGAUUUCUUUUGAUUUGGUCUACUUGGAAUUCAUGGGUCUUCUUGUAUCUGUAAAGUGACGUUUUCGUCAGUUCUGGGCAAAUACUUAAUAAAACAGGUAUAGAAGGAAAGUACUUCAACAUAAUAAAGACACAAUAAGGACAAACCCC